AUGGACGACGCAUCUCUGGGAAAGGGAGACAACACCACGUUUACCGUUCUCGUGACUGGCGCCAACAGUGGACUUGGCUUCGCGUGUUGCUGCAGACUCAUCGAUGAAUUCCUCUACACAAGACCACAAUCUCAGACCCUGCACCUCCUCUUCUCGACCCGAGACACGAGGAAGGGUGCGGAUACCCUCAACAGACUCCAAGCGCAUUUCCAGCGGACGUUACGCGAAGCGAAUGGAAAGACGCUGGGCAUUAGCCUCCUCCUGGAAUCACGAGUCAAGAUUGAGGGCGUCCUCGUAGAUCUCCUGAAACUGACGACUGUGAAGUCUCUCGCUGAACAAUUACUACGACGAGGGCAGAAACUAGAUGCUGUGGUAUGGAAUGCUGGUGUUGCGGGCUGGCUGGGACUGAACUGGCCGAAAGCCAUCUGGAGCACGUGCACAGAUCUGGUACAGGCCGUGACCUAUCCCGCAUACAUGACCUGUGAUGUGGGCGCACGAGCGAAGCGGCAAGUACAAGACACGACCAACGCAGAAGAUGAGCCGGUGCUUGGCGAGGUUUUCACCGCCAAUGUGUUUGGCCACUAUCUGCUCACGCAUUGGCUUGCUCCUUUGAUGAGUCGAGACUCGCGUGUGGUAUGGAUUUCCAGCACGGGCGCCGUCGAAGAGUGUUUUCACAUUGACGACAUACAAGGGCUCCAAUCGUUGGCCGCUUACGAGUCUUCGAAACGGUUGACCGACUUGAUUGUUCUCACGUCAGAUUUGCCGGCGACGAGGCCUUAUACGGAAACCUUCUUCUCCUCCUUGCAACCACGAGAAGACUCUCGUCCCAUCAUGCUCGUCACACAUCCUGGUGUCGUAGCCACUUCCAUCUCUGGACUGCACUGGUUUCUCGCCAUCUUCAUGACUGCAGCCUUCUACGCAGCGCGCUGGUUGGGCUCGCCUUGGCAUCCCAUCGAGCCGUAUAAAGGUGCGGUCAGUAUGGCUUUUGCAGUGUUGGCACCGCAGCUCGUGGAGCAGGAGAGUCGGGAAGGUAAGGGAAAGUGGGGUUCAGCGACCAGUGUGCAUGGUGAUGAAAGAGUCGCUCGGACUCAGGUGCAAGGCUGGGGCUACUGUGGUACGCCUGGAGUCGUCCCGCCCGGGAGUGUCACGAAAGGACAUUAUCGUGGACUUCAGGAGACUACACGGGAGAGGAGAGAGGAAUUUGAGGAAGUGGGAAGGCAGGUGUGGAAGAAGAUGGAAGAGAUGAGAGUGCAAUGGGAGGCACGACUUGGUCCGAUCAACAACUGA